UUGGGGGUCGGUGGAAGCGAGGAGUGAGUGCUGUCGAUUGGUCGGUUCGUGAAUGUCAGGUAGAUAGAUAUCAGGCGGGGGCGACGUCAGAUGCGUAUAUCAUUGAUCAUUACAAAGGGUCCAAGACGGCAAUUUCAUGGGAGAGAAAGUAGUACACCGAAUGACGAAGAGCUGGCGUGAGCAAGAGGAGCGUAUCCGAAAGGUGUCCGAGGAACUCAAGCCGGGGGGAGGUUGGGAGUCGAGGGGAAGUUUGGUAAAAGGGAGGUCCGUGAGGUGCGGCGCGCAGAAAGCAAGUAUCGGUGCUCUGUACGGCGGCGGAAGCGUGAUUACAGAAGCAGAUGAAAUAUCUAGUCGUCAGAGUCGUAACACGGCAGAUGCUAAGCCUGGUCUGCAGCAAAGGGCGCUUCCUAGUUCCAGGAGAACGCAGAAUCGAGAAGAGGCAGCACAAGAAGGGGGAGGGGAGAUGGUGAAGAAAGUGCUCAGGAGCGUCCAGGAACCAAUCGUUCGUUCACUUUGUGAGAGGGAGAGGAUAGAGCGAGAAGACCAACACCUGGGAAACAAAAUGGUACCUAGCAGCAGCCGCAGCCGAUGCAGUAAUUAAUGGUAAGUUACUGCAGAAGCAGGUUAGGGAA